AUGUCAGAGGAACUUUUGGAUGAAUCAGAGACAGGCACGGUCCAGCUAGAAUCCCCUUGGAGGUCCCAUCAUGGAAGCCCAGUGCACCUGACGAAGUCCCUGUUAGCGGUGGCCUUCCUGUCGUCGUUUGGCAGUUCCAUGCUGUAUGGCUACAACCUGGCCGUGGUCAACUCCCCUGCAGACUACAUUAAGGAGUUCUACAACCGUACGCUGGUGCGGCGGAAUGGGGUGGGCGUGGACGAGCGCACCAUCAUGGUGCUGUACUCCGUCACAGUCUCCAUCUUCGCCAUCGGAGGCCUGGUGGGAUCCUUCAUGGUGGGCAUGCUCGUCAGCAGAUUCGGAAGGAAAGGGACGUUGGUGAUGAGCACCGGGCUGGUGUUCAUCGCAGGAGGGCUGAUGGGGGCCAGCAGGGCCUGUGGCUCCCCAGAGAUGGUCAUCACGGGCAGGUUCAUCACCGGCCUGCACUCAGGGAUCUCGCUCAGCGUGGUGCCGAUGUACCUGGGGGAGAUAGCGCCGAAGAACCUGCGAGGCUUCCUGGGGCUCAUGCCCAGCAUCUUCAUCUGCGUCGGGGUCUUCAUCGCACAGAUCCUGGGCCUGGAGGAGCUGCUGGGCAAGGAGGAGUACUGGCCCUUGUUCCUGUCCCUGGUGGUCAUACCCACCUUCAUCCAGCUGCUGUUCCUGCCCUGGUUUCCGGAGAGCCCGCGGUACCUGCUGAUCGAGAAGAGGAACAUCCAUGCCACCAUAACAGCUCUGAAGUGGUACCGGCGGCAGAGCAACAUCCAGGCGGAGGUGGAGGAGAUGCAGGAGGAGCAGCGUUCCCUGUCCUCGGUGCAGACGGUCUCCGUGCUGGAGCUGCUGAGGGACCGCUCCGUACGCUGGCAGGUCUUCUCCGUCAUGAUGGUCAACGCAGGGAUGCAACUUUCCGGCAUCGAUGCGAUCUGGUUCUACACCAAUGACAUCUUUGAGAAUGCGGGCAUCCCGCCGUCACAGAUCCAGUACACCACAGUGGGCACGGGAGCCAUAGAGGUGGUGGCCGGCCUGGCAGGGUGCUUCACCAUUGAGAAGCUGGGCAGAAGACCUCUACUGAUUGGUGGAUUCAGCUUCAUGGGCAUCUGCUGUGCAGGAAUCACGCUGUCACUCAUACUGCAGCAUCAUGUGGCCCUCAUGCACUACGUCAGUGUGGCCUGUGUGGUGGGCAUCAUCGCUGGUUUCUGCAUAGGACCAGCCGGCGUGCCUUUCUUGAUGACGGGGGAGCUGUUUAAGCAGUCCCAUCGGCCGGCUGCCUUCAUCGUUGGGGGCUCCCUCAACUGGCUAUCCAACUUCACGGUUGGCUUUGUCUUCCCCUUCCUACAGAGGUCUGCGGGGGCCUUCUGCUACCUGGUGUUCUUUGCCAUCUGCAUUGCCGUGGCGGCGUACGUCUACUUCGUCAUCCCCGAGACCAAGAACAAGACCUUCAUGGAGAUCAGCCAGCUCUUCAGCCCCCGGGAGGACAACAUGGAGUUCCACACGUUCGGGCCCUACGGCCACAACAACAAGUUGAACGGAUACGGCACACUAGAGGACGAGCGGUUGUAG